CGACGACACUCGGCUCGCACCAGCAUGGCGAGACGUCCCGCGUCGCGGCUAUCGAUCGUGCCGAACCCGUUGCUUGCAACUCGGCGUCCCGCGGGGCAAGCCAUGUCCACCACUAUGUGCUGGUGGUGGGUCCUGUGGUGCCUGGCGAUGGCCGGAGUCGUCGCCGCCGGCAGCGGUCGUCUAAACCCGCGCAGUCCUUCGUCGUCAUCGAACGAGCAGCAGCCGAGGCCCAAGCUGCUGGUGAUUCUGGUGCAGGGCGUCAGGGCCGACUACAUCGACCACGCCGUGCACCAGGGAUUCGCGAGACUGGCCCAAUCCGGCAUCCGUGCCGAGUACGUGCUGCCAGUGUUCCCGUCGAGUCCGUAUCCCAACGCGUACAGCAUCGCCACAGGCCUGUACCCGGAGUCACACGGCAUUGUGGCAGAUGCCAUGUACGACACCGAGAAGCGUGACUUGUUCCUGGGCGUGCAGAUGGCAGGUGGCUCGGUGCCAUGGUCCCACUGGUGGGAGCGCGCCGAGCCCAUCUGGCUGCUUGCUGAAAGGCGCAGGCUGAGAUCGGCUGUCUACUGGUGGCCGGGCUGCGAGGUGGCGUUGAACGAGACGCGGCCGGCCAUCUGCAUGCCCCAGCGCCCCGUGCCGGGCUGGCGCUCCCUGGACCACGACUUCCGGAACAAGCUGGACGAGGUGCUCGAAGUCUUCGACACCGACGAGCUCAGCCUGGCCAUGCUCCAGUACGGCGCAGUCGCAUACUUCGGUCGUCACCGUGGUCCAGAGAGCAAGGAGAGGCACAAAGCGUUGGCGGAAUUUGACCAUCACUUGAAUUAUCUCAUCGACCAGUUAGAAGCUCUCAACCUCACACAAAAGGUGACACUUAUGGUUGUUUCGGAUCAUGGCAUUGCCAACACGGGGCCUGAGUCCACCACCGACAUCAUGCUGGACAAGUACUCGCCAUACAUUAAGUACAUGCUGAACUUUGGAUCCCAUUCCAUGGUGCUUCCGAGGAAGGACAUGUUCCGACCGCUGCACCGUGCCCUGAUCGAUGCCCGGGUAGAAGGCCUGCAGGUCUACACCAAGGACGAGAUUCCGGCCAGAUACCACAUCAAGCACAGUCCUCGGGUGCUGCCCCUGUUCUUGAUGACCACGCCGAAGUACUUCAUUUUGCCGCUAAGCGACAGCACCAAGACAAAAGUGAACCACAAGAAACGCUUCUUCGGCUACCACGGCUACGAUCCUGAGCUUCCUGAAAUGAGAACCAUCUUCUACGCGCAGGGCCCAGGCAUCAAGCGGGACUACGUGAUCAAACCACUGGUCAACGUGGAUCACUACAACUUCAUGUGCCACGCGCUCGGCCUCGAGCCGAAGCCCAACAACGGUUCCUGGGCGCGGAUGGACGAAGGGCUGGUCGAGUCCGAGGUGGACUUCCCACGCUACGGUAGCUCCAAGUACAGCAACGCCGCGUCGUCCCCAACCCUGGGCAGGCAUCAGGCGUUCCUCUGGUCAACACUCGUGGAUCACCUGGCGCUGGCUAUGGCAGCCGUGUCGGCGCAGCUUUGCGCACGGCACGCCCUCUGAAACACAUAUACGGUGCUGUCGUCACGAAAGCGGUUGUGUGUGCCAAAGAAAGACUCUUUUCUCCCUCAGUUACCGCCAGCGACGCUGAAAUGAAACAGGGCCGGGUAGAUUCUUGUAGCCUCAGGCCAACGGUGCAUUCUAAGGAGUCAGCUGAAACCGGAUAUCGGCUACGUAAUGGUUGUGCUGUUGUUUCUGGAACGAGAGUCAACGGAUAAGCAACAACGCAGAAACCCUGUCCGGGUCCUACCGUAACAGCUGCAGGAAGCGGCCGGUUUUGUGAAAGUGCAGCGAUGCGUUGAUGACGGAAACCCGUUCAGAUGUUUGCGGUCAUCACACCGAACAAAUCGCUCUUUGUGUGGUUGCUAGUUAAGCUUCAGCUUUUUUGGUCAGCGCCCUCGUUAACGUUCAGCAUUGACGCUGUAGAUCCAGCUAGUUCUUGCAGCCCAGCAAUGUCUGACUCAGCAUUCGAAAACGACAGAUAUGACACGAAGUUCGAAAUUUCCCCUUCUCGAAUCGAAUAUUAUAUGUUGGGUCAUAACAAACGUUUUCUCGAAAGGAUGGAUCUUGCAUAAGUUGUUGCCUUUUCAUCUACGACUGGCUCUGGUCGCCUGGAACCAGCGUCCCCAAACAAACGUUGUUAUUCCUGAAAGACUGCUGCAGAGGGUGCUCAUGGUGUUAGUUUGAUUAACAAGGUAAUAAUAUAUUUCGGUGAUGCGAUCAACUAACGUAACACCAAGCUCUUUUGUUCUGUUGAACAUCUCUUGUCAGAUCAGAAGACACGCGUAUUACGAAGUCAUUCAGCCCGGAACUCUCUUCCCGUGAGCACUUUUCUUAUCCACUACGCCUGUUACCUUCUCACUUACGUCAUUCCGUUUCUUGUAUUUAUGUUAUCUAAGCUAACGUAAAGUGGUUCCAGUCGCUAGGCACAUUUCGGCAAGUUGGAAAAAGGAAUGGUUUGGUCGAAUUCGUCUAUUUAGGUAGAUGUCGAAUACUGGCUUGCACAGUGCUUGCACACGACGCAGAACAAGAAAGAUAUAUGGCUAUACAGAGCAUUCAAAGACGAGAGGAUAUUUUGUUUUCAUAUUUCGUAAAAUACCUCGAUGUGUCAACGACUGUACGUAAGGGGAAGGCGUUAGUGCAAUGGAAUAGGAGGGGGAGCGAGUGUAUAUAGCGAAUCGGUCAACUAGUUGUUAUGUAUUCUUAAUCGGCUAUUUAUUUCAGCCUUGUACACGCCUACUCUGAACCUGGUGUGGGAGUUCUAUUUAUUUGCACCUGCCACCUCUCAACACUGACUGCCGUGUACGCUAUCCUCACGCUGCUGCUGAGGAUUGUGGCGGCAUGCAUGAACAGAUACUACGCACAGAAUCACUCAAGCUAUAGUCUCUACAAUCACAAUCUUGGAAAAGCGUGGCUUCAAAAUAUCUCAUCUCAUCGGUCUUCAGCGAUUCCUUUGGAGGACAAGUUACGACGCAUUGCAAGUAUGGUGGCUGUGCGUUCCUAGCGAGGUAUCAUUCAUGUUUUGUUUAUCUUUCAUUUCUUCUUUUUUUUAUCUUCCUUCUAUGCUUGCACAGCACGUCCAUAGUUCAUUUAGAACACAAUGCAUUCCUCGAACACUUGCAAUCGGCUAGGAUGUAAACUAGCACUCCAGUGGUUUAUCGUGAAUAUGUUGUAAGAAAUGAAGAACAUACAGUUUCUUUGAGCACACCUUUACGGUCCUUCAUAAUUUACUUCCAAUGCAUAUAUGAUAUUUAUUGAUAAUGAGUGGAAGCAAGUUCGAAAGUCGCACAACACUGAUUACUUGUCUCGCUGUUUUCGUUGUUAAUAUGUUAAACACAAAAGCAAAUAUGUCACCCAGCUGAAUGGCAAUCACAUAUGUUCAUGGCAUCAUUUCAUUGCCCUUAAACUUGUCCCUGUCACAGCGUCACUAAAAAAAGUUGCACGGUUCUGAGCAUCGUAUGUGUGAAGGCAUUCGUCAUGCUGAGCGAAGUGCGAAGAUACUGCAGUAUGUAGUCGCGCGUAAUUUCAGGGCGUUUUCUAAGACACAGGAAAUUGCACUUCUUGGACCACAGAACGAUGACGCAGCGAUUAGAAAGCUGUCUCUGUUAAUAUUGACACGCGUUGGUACCACACAUUUACAGGAGACGCCUUUAUCCGGUCCUCUAGUAACACCCUAGUUUGAACUAAGCACACUGAACGCUUACCAUAAUAAUUGAUUAGCUUCUUUAGAAAUUGAGGGAGAGGAUGUACUCAGUGAGCGCGCACUUGAACUGGGUUACUUGGGCUGCGUUAUGAAGUGACGCUAAAAGAGAAUAAUAAACUGACCUACGGUAGUACAUUACCAUCGAGGAAAGAUGCAAUACGAGAAAAGACGUGUUUCACUUGAACUCCCGUAAAGGUUCAGCUGACUCAUAAGGCAGCGUGACAACGUGUUUUGCAAGCGUCACGUAUAGUUCAGUGCUGUUCGUGCCCACACACAGGACAUUUUAGCUGGGCGCUUCUCGUGCUUCUCGUUUUAUUGACGCGACGGUUGUUGCUCCACACUGCUGCACAUCGCGUCACGCACGCAGACAUGAACAAAAACAGCCGCUAAGUGCUUUACGUUUGCACUGCCUCUUUGUAUUAGCUCACUCACAAAGGAUGAAAAAAGAGAGCUUCUAGCGCAGUUCUUUCAAUAAAAACGUAGCCUUCGAACGCGCUAGUAUGAGCAUGCUUUCUAUGGCAAUAUUUCAUUGAGAUGGUUGUAGCCACCUCUCGCGAUAGAAGCGCGUUCAAUGUGUCUGAGAGGUCUCGAUGCACUGUAUACAUCUGCACGUUGUUGUAUCUCAUACACCCCCCGUCAGUCACCUGUCCAAGUUUACUCAUCCAAAUGUUCACCAUGUUGACGUUGUUCCGAUGCUGAACUAGUUUCUUUUUUCUCCCGUGUCAUUUUCGAUGCCCGUUCGACAACCAGUGUUAAUUGUUGCCUAUGUGCGUUCACGUAGUGAGCUCUUGCGCCAUACUUUUUUUUUUCCUGAUCGAGCUGGUCCUACUGUACACAGAUCGCUCAGUGCACGGCUUUGAUAAGAGCCACCUAUGUACAGGAAUCUCGGGGUCAAAAGCCUCCAGGACACGUAUACGCGGCAAAUACAAACAUCCACUCUGUUAAUUAGUGACCCUUCUAAUUUAAUGAAUAACGCAAAGCAGAAACCCUAUAAACUGAUACUAUAAAUUAGGGACUAUGUGUUCGGUCAAAGCGACAAUUGAGCUUUUCCGCAAAUCUCGUAUCCUGGACAAUUUUUGUUCCCGACAGUACAUCCAGGUUAGUGAACUUUUUAGCCAACACAUUAAAGUACGGCGCGCAUUUAACUAGCUGAAAUUAAUGAAAAACCUGGAAUGGGGCUGGUUGGUUAAACAUUAUAAACUUUCUUUGCGUACAACUACGAACACACUGGAGAUCGCAAGAAAAAUUGGUUAUUGCGGUUUUUUUCUCCGCAUCAAUAAACUGAUUGCUAGUUUGUGCUGAGGUUCUACGCGUAUUUUUCUGGCUGUGCCUAUUUUUUGUAGUGUCGCGCAUACAACGGUGAUCACGAAAGUAACGGUUCUCACAUCGCAGAACAUUUCUAACAAACAGUAUCUACCAGUAUUGCUACAAAUUAGGUUGUAUAAAUGGAAUAUUUUUUUGUUGCUUCGGAGUCACCAAGAGACAAUCGUACAGGUCCAUAUGACAAACCAUUUCAAUGCUGUAUACAGAAUAGCAGUCGCUGGCAAAGGUGUUACUGUCAUACAUAAAGCCGGAACAAAUCUUCGGUGCCGUUAACGGCAGAGAGUCGAUUUUCGUUUUUUUGUAGCAACGAUUAUGUUAGCAGGCCUCGCGACAUACGUGAAAAAUUGCUUAAUAAAGUAUUUUUAAUUAACAGUAUGAGCAUGAGAGCAUGAUGUUAUGUGAUCUUUACAAAUAAAAGAAAAUGCUGCAAAA